AUGGCAGAAAGAGUGGCAAUAGGAAUCGAUUUAGGAACAACAUACUCGUGCGUUGGUGUGUGGUGUCAUGAUCGAGUGGAGAUCAUUGUGAAUGAUCAAGGCAACAGAACAACACCCUCUUAUGUUGCCUUCAAUCGCACCCAAAGAAUGAUUGGUGAUGCUGCUAAAAAUCAAGCUGCAACCAACCCCACCAACACUGUCUUUGAUGCAAAGCGAUUAAUAGGUAGAAGAUUUAGUGAUUCUGAGGUUCAGAAUGACACGAAGCUAUGGCCAUUCAAGGUUAUUAGUGAUGAUGAAAACAAACCCAAGAUUGUUGUUAAUCACAAUUCUGAGGAAAAGCAUUUUUCAGCUGAGGAAAUCUCAUCCAUGGUCUUGGCAAAGAUGCGCGAGAUUGCAGAAGAUUUCCUCAGAUCAAAAGUGAAGAAUGUUGUUAUCACUGUGCCUGCUUAUUUCAAUGACUCUCAGCGCCAAGCUACCAAAGAUGCUGGUGCCAUUGCUGGCCUCAAUGUUAUGAGAAUAAUCAAUGAACCUACUGCAGCAGCUAUUGCAUAUGGCCUUGACAUGGAAUGUUGUAAUUAUGGAAGGAGAAAUGUUUUUAUCUUUGAUCUGGGUGGUGGUACUUUGGAUGUUUCUCUGCUCAAAAUUGAGAAAAAUAAUAUUGAAGUUAAGGCCAUUACUGGAGACACUCACCUUGGUGGAGAGGAUUUUGAUAACAAAAUGAUGAACCAUUUUGUAAAGGAGUUUGAAAGAAUGAACAAAAUGGACAUUAGUGGAAACCCAAGAGCCCUUAGGAGGUUGAGGACUGCUUGUGAGAAAGCAAAGAGGGUACUCUCCAGCACUGAUGAGACCAUCAUUGAGGUAGACUCUUUGUAUCAAGGUAUUGAUCUCCAUUCAUCAAUGAGUCGUGCAAAGUUUGAGGAACUUAACAAGGAGUACUUUAACAAGUGUAUGGAGCUUGUAGAGAAGUGUCUAAUAGAUGCUAAGACGGACAAGAGUAGUGUUGAUGAUGUUGUCCUUGUGGGUGGUUCUACUAGGAUUCCCAAAGUGCAACAGCUAUUGAGGAACUUCUUUGAUGGGAAAGAUCUAUGCAAGCGCAUCAACCCUGAUGAGGCUAUUGCUUAUGGUGCUGCUGUGUUAGCUUCUAAAUUGAGUGGUGAGUGCUGUGAGAAAGUUAGAGACUUGUCACUUGGAGAAGUAACUCCUUUGUCCCUUGGACUACAGACACAUGGAGGAAUCAUGAAAACAAUAAUUCCUAGGAACACUCUCAUUCCUAUAAAGAUGGAAGAAGUGUUCACUACACAUGUUGAUAACCAAACCAAUAUCUUGAUUCAUGUUUACGAGGGUGAGAGGCAAACAGCUAUGGACAACAACUUGUUAGGUAAGUUUGUGUUGGAAAUUCCUCCAGCUCGAAGGUUUGUUCCUCAGAUUAGUGUUGGCUUUGAACUAGAUGAUGAUGGCAUCUUACAUGUCUCUGCUAAGGAGAAAAGCAGCGGAAUAAAUGAGAAGGUUACCGUAAUAAAUCACAAGGGAAGGUUAUCAAGAGGAGAGAUAGAAAGAAUGAUCUCAGAAGCUGAGAAGUACAAGGCUGCAGAUGAGAGGUAUAAGAAGAAAGUAGAAGCAAGGCAUGUAUUGGAGAGACAUGCAUUCAACUUGCAAAAUGCUAUAAAUGAUAAGGAUAUUAGUUUGAAGCUUUCCACAGAAGACGAGAAAAAAAUUAAAAAUGCAAUUGAAUUUGCCUUAAAAUGGCUUGAGCUGAAUGUGGAUGCUAAACAAGAAGAUUUUGACAAUAGGCUGAGUGUUCUUUCAAAUGUCUUUGAUGAAAUUAUUGUGAAGAUGAUAAAUUGUGAGGAUAAUCGUGUGGCUUCUGCAGGUACUGGCGCUGCCUCUUCCAGUAAUAGUGGAAAGCAUCGCUGGUUAAAAAUAUUGGCCAAAUUUGCUCUCCAGGCAGUGUAUUCAGCUAUUACAGGAAAUAUCAUUGGGUUUGUUUCUAUAGUUCUUGACACUCUGUCAAAUUAA